CAUGAUAUUUCCAAAGUGGUAAUCAAAUAUCUUUCGUUGUUUGUUAGUUGCUGCCAGAAUGAACGUCCAGCCUUCAAACCCGAAUAACCCAAUUGUAUUUUUUGAUGUGACAAUUGGGGGCCAGGAGGUUGGAAGGAUGAAAAUUGAGUUGUUUGCUGAUGUGGUUCCGAAGACUGCUGAGAACUUUCGGCAGUUCUGCACUGGAGAGUUCAGGAAGGACGGUGUACCGAUCGGAUACAAAGGCUGCACAUUCCACAGAGUGAUCAAGGACUUCAUGAUUCAAGGAGGUGACUUUGUUAACGGGGACGGCACAGGUGUCUGCAGUAUAUACAGGGGUCCAUUUGGAGAUGAAAACUUUAAACUGAAGCACUCUGCCCCUGGUCUUCUGUCUAUGGCAAACAGUGGCCCAGGGACAAACGGAUGCCAGUUCUUCAUCACAUGCACAAAAUGUGACUGGUUGGAUGGGAAACACGUUGUUUUCGGGAAAGUGGUGGAUGGUUUGCUUGUCAUGAGGAAAAUUGAGAAUGUGCCGACUGGACCCAAUAACAAGCCUAAGCUACCCAUUGUCAUUGCCCAGUGCGGAGAAAUGUGAUUUAACUACUCAAAUCUAUGUUGCCUGCCCCUUUUAUAUUAAAAAUGAUCAGCACAAUACCUUUUUAACUGUAGUUGUCUUUCCUGUUCUUUUUUAACCGUUAAUUCUGGCUUUGUUCUCCUCUGUAUUUCGUACAGCAGGUAUGUGUUUAACAGUACUCACAUAUGCAUCGCUGUUUUUUGUUCAGUGAACUUCCAUCUGACAGAGCUUCUGUUAGAUAACAUGUCUAAAGACAGUGCCUCUGAAUAAAAUGAUAGAUGUUUAGUCUGUAUACACUGUGUACUCAGAUUCCUCCUCUUCCUCUCUGAUAUUCUUGAUUCUGCAGUAUAGAAGGUAUAGAAGGUUUUGUCUGUAUAAUUACAAUUUGCAGUAGUGUAAGCAGUGACUUUACCAUACAGACUAAGUGCAGGUAAUUUUGGCACUGCUUACAACCUUUGUCUGGAAACUUUGUUGUUCCUUCACAUUUUACUGGGCGUCAAUCAGAGACAUGGCUGGGAUACCACAGAGUGUUACAGCGCCUAUUCAGAAAGGUCACUGCAGAUACUUCCAGAGGUGGAUGUGCUCAGAAAACAUUUCUCAAGGAGUGUACUCUCAAAAUAAAUAAACAAA